AUGGCCCUCACCUCGACUUUCGUGUUUCGGAAGAUAGGUGGCCGCUUCAAGCUCGAUGCAGAGGAGGACAUGAAAAGCUGCUAUGGGGUCGCAGCAGUGUCCAAUGCCCUCGAAGCAAUGAAGAGGCAGCAAGAGGUCAGACUUCGCCACUUGGAGCGAUCGCAGUUGGCGGUUUCAAAGUCCGAGGUCAUGGACUUCCUAAAGAAAAAUGGCUUCCGCAGCCGCCAGCACGAUGUGAGCUUAAACGCACCGAAAAGAACGGCUCUUGGCCUGCGAUGUACCUACCCUUUGCACCAAGCAGCCAAGAUGAAAGACUGGCACAUGGUGGAGCUUUUGCUGCAGUUUGGGGCUGAUCCGGCGUACCAUGACAGCACAGGUCGAGAUCUGGAAAGCUAUCUGGCCGAGCUGAGGGCACCGGACAGCCUUCGAAACCGCCUCUCUUCCUACCGCGUGAGAAAAGAGUCUCCAAUGGUAAAAAGGGGGGACCCUUAA